GUCCCACUCUUUUAUCCCCAGUCUGUCGUCGUAUUUCGUACAGCACACAACAGUGAGCUGCUGGCCUUUCCAUAUUAUUAUACAACCUCAUUUGGUUAUUUUUCUUUCGUUUUAACAUUUGUCUGAGUGCAAGGAAACACAUUUUUGCUUUUUUUUUUAAACAAACAACCAGUGGCCUGGCUUCUUUACAUUUUUCUUCACACCAGUUGUUAUCAAAAUUAUUCAGUUAAUUUCGUCUGCUGCCAAAGCCAACGGAAUGCCCUGUUGACCUUGUUGGUACAACCACAUUAAACGGUAACUUUUAAACGGCGAUCGACAGACACACACACACGUACAACAUUUCAUCAUGAAAUUGAACAAACAAGAAAGCGACGACUGCAACGCUCCGGUAUGGCAGCAACUUCUUCCGACAUCCGUUCCAACAUCGGUGGUUGAGAGUGGUGAAGUACGAGUCAACAUUCCCUGUGCAGAUGCAACUACUCCUGAAGAAGAAAAACCCAGAAAAGCCAGCAAUUGGUUUCCGUCAUUCGCGCCCUCGUGGAGCGAACGACAGAGUUUACGUAAUAACGGAACAGGAGAAGAAGUCUUCCGGCCGAAAAUUAAGAGCACAUCCAGCAGCACCGGAUCGACCGAUGGAGAUCAACCGCCCAAAUGUUCCACAGAGAAGAGAUCAUGCAGUCCGCUCAUGAGGUACAGACAAAACCGAUGGAGUUCACGAAGGAUCCGAAAGCGUGUCGUGUUAAAAAAUGGCGAGUGCAACGUCGUUCAGAGCAAUGUGGCCAAACGAAGGCGUCGCUAUCUGGCUGAUAUUUUCACUACUAUGGUCGACAUCCAGUGGCGCUGGACGCUUCUCAUCUUUACAGCCAGCUUUGUAUUGAGCUGGAUGGCCUUCGCCGUCCUAUGGUGGCUCAUUGCUUUCACUCAUGGCGACCUAGAACCCGAGCACCUUCCCGAUAAUCAAGGAGCAUCCGGCUGGAAACCGUGUGUCGGCAACAUUCACGGAUUCGCUUCGACGUUUUUGUUCAGCAUCGAAACUCAACACACAAUCGGCUACGGCUACAGAUACACGACCGAAGAGUGUCCUGAAGGCAUUUUCGUCAUGUGCAUUCAAAGUAUUAUUGGCGUAAUGAUUCAGGCAUUUAUGGUGGGCGUCGUCUUUUCGAAAUUGACUCGACCAAAGAUGCGAGCCCAGACGUUGCUGUUUAGCCGCUCGGCUGCAAUCUGCCAACGGGACGAUCAACUCUGUUUGAUGUUCCGCGUGGGUGAUAUGCGCAAAUCUCACAUCAUUGACGCCAGCAUCCGCGCCCAGAUGAUUCAAAUGCGAGUGACCAACGAAGGCGAAAUGAUUCCAUACUUUCAGUACGAGUUGAAAGUCGGUUUCGACCACGACGAGAGCAAUCUUUUCCUCAUUUGGCCCAUGACGGUCGUUCACAAAAUCACGCCCGACUCGCCACUCUACAACGUUUCGGCUUCCGAUCUGCUCAAGGACAAAUUCGAAAUUGUCGUUAUCCUGGAGGGCACCGUUGAGUCGACCAGCAUGACCACACAGGCCCGCUCUUCCUACCUGCCUUCCGAGAUCAAAUGGGGUCACCGGUUCGAGCCGCUCGUGUCUUUCCGCAAGGAUACCGGCCAAUACGCUGUCGACUACAGUCUCUUUAACAAUACCUACGAAGUGGACACGCCACUUUGCAGCAGCCGGGACUUGGAUGAGUUCAAGAAACUACGCGAGGAAAACCAAACAGGUAACGUGCCAGCAAGCAAGCAAGUGACACGACCAGUGCAGCAGACGAUGCCAUUGCAAACGAUACCAUUGCAGACGAUGCCUCUGCAACUCACUUACAACCGGAAUUUGUUGAUCGAUCCGGCGAUCGUCAACACUCCAAUGAUGAGGGGAGCCGCACCUCUGGCCUUAUCUCCUGCUCCAAUCGCGGCCGUCAUCAGUUCCAGCAAUAUAAGCAUGCGACCAGCAGCAGCAGUAGCAGCAGCUAUGUCCGCACCAGUAGUGAACCGAGUUGAUCCACCGACCAGCAACUCUGCUGCCACGUGAAUAAUCUACUGUGUUAAUUAACAAACUAAUAAUUUCCAUCAUCACCCAGUAAAAUGGGAUAAUGUAGAAAAGAAAAAGCCAGAAGAAUACUUUUUGCCUUAUAACUAGGUCUUCGCAUACCGUAAUGUGCAUUUCCCUCCUUUUAUAUCCCCUGAUUAUAUAUAUAAAUAUUAUUGGUCGUUUAGGAUUCAAGUAACAAUCGUCAAUAAAAAUUUUGAAAAAAAAACACACAAAACACGUAAUUGUUGCUGGAACUUUAUGUACCCUUACACUCACUCGAUUCGUGUAUUGAAAUAAUAGCGAAAUUUUUGUCUUCCAAAAUGUAAUGCCUUGUUCUGCCUUUUGUGUGUCUACGCACAACGAACACAACCCGACACCGAGAAGAACUCUCGAAUGUCUUCUCUUUCAUUACAUAUAUAUAUAUAUAUUAUUCUUUUUUUUUUAUGUUUUUGAUUUUGUAUCGUUCGUCAUAGACCGAUUAAAUAUUUGUAUGCGGAACCUUUGGUUUCAAUACAUCAUGAAUGUGAAUUUUCA